UACGCCGGUAUUGGUGAAAGGUCAACAUAGGUUGUUGAAGCUAAGGAACAAACCUCAGUAGCAGAGCUACGUGUAUGAAAAGUAGGUUAGACCUCGUCGGGAUGGAAGUUGAGAAGGUAUGACAUUUCUUUCGCCUCCAAAAAUAUCAUUUGUUUGUUUUUGUCUUUUUCAAAACUGUCUGUCAUGUUUUUCAUAAACUAUUUAAAUAUGAAUGAAAGGCACUAACAAUUGCCCUUUAUGAGUUUUGACUGUUUCUUACUUGGAAAUAUAUAAGCUUUGAAGGACUUAUAAGAAGCUUAUCAGAAGAAGUAUACGCGUUCGGUAUUUCACUUAUAGCAUUACAAGCAAAUAUUUUGGUAAGCGUUGACACCAUGAACGAUGAGACCCAACGAAAUUAUGGGUAGUGGUCGUACAAAUUUACUUUUCUGAAGGUUUACUUUAAUGUUUUAUUUUCCAAUAAAGAUUGGAAACCUUCCUUAAUCUACCACAUGCAGCAUGUUGAGGCUUCUAUGUGAAGAAUUAUACCCAUAACGCCGUGAAGUGCCAUCACUCCUGGCUUAUGCUUUUUUUUUAUGUGGGUGUCAGCGCUUUGCAUGAUGCAAGCGUGAUAUACAAGACGCUUUGCAUGAUGCAAGCGUGAUAAGCAAGAACAAACUUUUGUGAGCGCAUAUGAUCAGUAUGGAGCUAGGCAAACUAAUGAAUUACAAUUAAGCUGACGUAAACGUUAUGUAUUUAAAGAAGUCGCUUUGUUAAUUUAAUAAAGGUCUCACCAAUGCUCUCAUAAUAUAUGGAUUCCUUUCUAUCUUAUUUUAGAAUUCAUUGCAAGAGAAGAUUGUGUCUCUAAAUGACCUUCCGUGGAAGAUUUUUAAUGACGCAGCUCUUUCUGUGAAAGAGCUUGCCAAGAAAAUCUUUGCACUUCCAGCAGUGAGUGACUUCUUUAUAUACACAUCUCGCCUGGAUGUGUUCUCCAAAGAGUUGUCAGAUUCUUUGAGCUGUGACUUGGAAUCGCUCCUGCUGAUUAGGAAACUUAAGUAUUUCUACAAUCAACCAACAGCAGCAGUGCUGCAACAACUUGCCAGUCUAUUAGAAAGGUAUGGGUUGAAAGCUUGUAAAUAGUGUAACUGUUACGUUUAAAAUUCCUUGGUGCACUCUUGUCUGUGUUUCUCUCAUUUAAUGCAUAUGGUGUUUGUCAAGAGUCGUCACAGAUCAUUUUCGUCACAUACCUCAGACAAGAGGAAAGAAAAACAGGGGCAAGAACAAAAUACCGCGUGGUGUCUUCUAGUUUAAUACUCUACAUACUCGCUCGAUGCAUUUACAAGAAGCAUCUCCGAUCGAUCCCGGAAGUGUCAACAAAAUCCCCGAUACGUUUUUAAACCCUUUCAUUUUACAAGUUUAUCUACCUUUAAAUUGUCUCAUAUCAACGAGCCAUUCUUCUUUCAAUUUCUAUCUUAGAAUUUCAAGCAAUAAAGAAGCCAUUUCCAAGUGGAAUGAAAUCGCCAAGAUGGUAGCAGAUGAAAACAACAUUGGUACCAAGCCUGUUCACCGCUUCUUCAAAGAAACUGGGUGCCCAGAAUGUUAUCUUGACAAUGCUGAGUACCUCGAAAAGUUUGACCCUCACGGACUUUACCCAACAUCCAUUUACCGCAAAUGUGAUGGAGACAUCUUGGCCAAAGCUGAUGCAUCGGUAGUCGAGUGUACCAUGAGGCAUACUCUGACCACAACUGCAAAGAUUGUGUACAAAGUACUAGACCCAGCCAAUCCAGAGUUGAAAAACGUGUAUAAGCCAUUAGGGAGGUUCGUAUGAUGUGAUAAUCUAAGUUUAAGGGGUUUCCACGCUCUAUUUAUAUGAAAAUAUUCGGUGCUUUUACUGAUAAAUGACCGACAGUUCAAAAUUCACUUUAAUGCAUGUAUAUUCUUGCAUAAAAAUGUGUAUUUAUUACAUGAUCUAUAAUUUUGAUUCGUUGUGAAGCACUAUUUCAAUGAAGAGGUAGUUUCCCGAAAUUGAAUGUCCAACAGCAGCUUAGUAUUAAACGUAAAACAUGAAAUUAGAAAAUCUUUUUAGAUUAACAUUUCUUACUCAUUUCUGUUUUUCAUCCCCAGGUGUGUGGCAGUUGUUGAUAGGAAUGUGAAUAAAAUUUACGGAGAAGAAAUACAGGCGUAUUUCGAUGAGCACUGCAUCGAGCUGCAGAAGGUAGUCAUUACCGCUGGCGAAGUUGACAAAGACAUAGCAACAGUACAGAACCUCCUUGUAAUGCUGAAAAAAUUGCGAGUCAAACGAAACGAACCUGUUUUUGUCGUGGGAAAUGGCGUCAUACAUGACGUCACCGGUUGCGCAUGCUCUAUGUAUCAUCGUAACACACCUUACAUCAUGCUGUCUACCAGCGUGGUGGCUGGCAUCGACGCUGGUCUGUCUCCUCGCACUGGUUGUGACGGAUUUGGCUUCAAAAACCUGUUCGGUGCAUAUCAUCCUCCUGUUCUGACGCUAACUGACAGAAGCUUUUUCCGCUCCCAACACAGCGCUUGCUUGCGUCACGGCAUUGCUGAAAUUGUAAAGAUAGCAGUGGUGAAGGAUGAAGAACUCUUCGCCCUACUAGAGCAGAAGGGCUGUAAUCUUUUGUCUACCAAAUUUGGCACAGAGAUGGAAGGCUUCCCAGGAGAUCAAGAGGCCUUUGGACGCGUUUGUGAUCUCAUUAUUGGCAAAGCUCUUGAGUAGUAUGUGAAAUUUUGAUUGUCUUGUACGUUAGUGCGAUCGCUCAUUUUACCAGCAGGAAAAAGUUCCAGUCUAAGAACUCCGUGUUGCUUUGUUUUAUUGUCCCCGUAACAACAGCAUCAUAAUUGGGAUUAGUUCAAAGACUGAAACUAAACCAUUUGGAAUUAUUAACAACCAACUUUGCUUUUAAUACUUUACGUCUUGUGGUAUGCUUCUUUGUCGCGUCUUAAAGCAUAAUGGUGCAAUGAUGGUCCAACGAUAGUGCAAUAAUGGCCCGAUUUAUAUUAGAGACGGAUCAUCCGUCAUACGGAUAAUCCGUCCAAGUAUAAAUCCGAAGACUAAUUUUGACGAAUAAUCUGUCUAGAUAUAAAUCGUUCGCGAGUUUCACGACGGGUGUCUCGGUGUUGAGCCGAGUGGAAGCCUGGCGAGAGCUUAAAUAUGGCGGCUCUCGUAGCCUUGUUGAUGAAAUCGAGAAGAACAGCAUUGGAUAUGGCGGUAUAUCAGAGAAGAAUAUCCUCUGUCAAGCGCAUGUUUGAGCCGGAAAAUAGCUAAAUGAACUUCAUGUUACCCUUUUCUCUCGCUAAUCUUGCUCAAGAUAGGAAGACAAGAGGAAGUGAUUACAUACAUACAUACAUACAUACAUACAUACAUACUUUAUUUAUUCCAGAAGCAGAUGAUAACUAUUAUAUACAAAUAAAACUAAAAAGAAAAUACUUCUAGAAAAGGAAGUUAAGAGGUUAUCCCUGUGUAAAAACUCCCUUAAAAGAAAAGACAAAAUAUAAAUCAAAAUCAUUACAAUCAAAUAUUUAAGUACGAUUUAAGUUUAGAUUUAAAAUGCUGAAAGCUGUCAGCUUCCACUAUAUCACCCGGUAACUCGUUCCAUAAUUUGACAAUCCUAAUAAAAAAAAGAAUUUUUGUAACAAUUAAGUCUAGCUGGUUUAAUAUAGAGUUUGUAUUGAUGAUUUGCUCUCGUAGACCGAAUCGUGGCAAUAUCAAAGAAGUCUUCAAAAUUUAAAUGAUAAAACCAAAAACUAUCUUAUAACAUUCGACUAAAGAUAAGUAAGUUCUACGGUCAGAGAGAGGGGCCAUUUUAACAGUUUGCAUCGGUCUUCAUAGGACAUUUCUCCUUUGCGUUGAUUUAAAGCGAGUCUUGAGGCUCUUCGCUGUACAUUUUCAAGGGCAUGGAUGUCCUUAACAAGGUAAGGACACCAAACAGGUACCGCAUAUUCCAAGAUUGGCCGUACCAGAGACAUGUACAGCAUAGAAAAAACAUUUGUGUUAGCGGUGCCUACUGAGCGUUUAAUGGAACCUAAAACUUUGUUCGCUUUAUUGACAGUGAUACUUAUGUGAUGGCCCCAUGAAAGAUCUCUAGUUAGUGUGACACCGAGAUCUUUAAAAUUAGUCACGUCUUUCAGGGGCUUUUCUAAGAAAUAAUUAGUUACCGACUUAUCGCGUAAAUGCGUGAUUCGCAUAGAUUCGCAUUUGUCUGCGUUGAAACGUAGCUGCCACUUACGAGCCCAUGCGCUAAGAUUAUUAAGAUCAUCCUGAAGAAGCUGACUAUCUUUUAUAGGGUCAAUUAUCUCUCUGUAGAUCUUCGUGUCGUCUGCAUAUAAUUUUACUGUAGAUGAUAAGAAUUCAGAUAUGUCAUUAAUAUACAAUAAAAACAAUAGGGGCCCGAGAAUGGUUCCCUGUGGAGUUCCGGAGGUAACGCACGACCAAUCAGAAUAAGAUCCCCUAACGACUACACGUUGUUUGCGCCCCACCAAAAAAUGUCUCAGCCAGUUGAGUAAACAUUCGUCGAUGCCGCUACAUUUCAAUUUUAAAAGCAGUCGCUCAUGAGGAACGCUGUCGAAGGCUUUGGCAAGAUCCAGAAAAACAACAUCGGUAGGAGUGGAUGAAUUACGGGAUUUCGCCCAGUCAUUAAACGUUGAUAACAUUUGAGUUGUAGUAGAUCUUCCUCGUAAAAAGCCAAAUUGGUUGCUAUUGAUAAAGUCGAUUUCGCGCCAGAACUUAAUCAUCCUAUCAAAAACAAUUUUUUCACAGAUCUUACAAGCAAUUGAAGUAAGGGAAAUUGGGCGGUAAUUUUCUCUCGAAGAUUUGGAACCCUUCUUAUGUAGAGGAGUAAUGUCGGCAUGUUUCCAUUCCUCAGGCAAAAGGCCAAGAGACAACGAUUUGUUUAUCAUAUACGUUAACGAAGGUGCUAAUUCCGAAGCACACGACUUAAAAAUGCACGGCGCGAUAUGGUCAGGCCCAGGAGACUUGUUGGGCUUGAGUUUCAGAAGAUGGCGUUUGACCUCAUUGACAGAACAAUCAAUUUUCGCAAGUUUCUUGUCAACAGUGCAGUCUUGAGUGGGAAAAUUUGCAUAAUCUUCGGUAGUAAACACCGAAGAGAAAUAUGAGUUCAUACUCUGAGCAAUACUGAAGUCGUCAGUCAGAGCACAUCCAUCGACGCUUAUAGAGAUGAGAUUAUUAGUGCCUCUUCUCUUGGACUUAACAAAAUUCCAGAAAGGUUUCGGGUUUUCAUUUUCCUGUAGAUCAAGUGCAAGUUUCUUUAUAUACGACCAUCUAGCUGUGUUACAAAGUCUCUUAACAGAAUUGUUGAGUUGCCGAUAUUUUUCCCAAAUAGUUGAAUUGUUUUUUUUCUGCGAGCUCUAUUAUACAAUAAUUUCUUCUUUUUUUGCACAAAACAAUAAGUUCCUGUGUAAUCCAGGGGCACUGGAUCUCUUUUUAUUCUUGCGUUUGGGAAUGCACUCAUCCACUGCUGUAAAUAACAAGUCUUUCCAGCAAGCCCAAUUAUGAUUAAUAUCGCUGUCGAAGAAGGCGCAAUGCCAUGGAAUAUAAGAUAACAGCGAUCUUAAGUGAUCCCAGUCGGCUUUACCAUAGCAAUACAACAACUUCUGUGAUUUACGCUGGACGUAAGGUAUACCAGAUAACGAGAAGGAGAUAGAAUUGUGAUCUGAAAAGGGUUCUCCAACAACCAAAUGGUUUACGAGGUCGGGCGAAGUAGUGAGAACUAAGUCUAGGAUGUUCGAGUCUCUGGUAGGUUCAUUUAUCAACUGUGUCAAAAAUUGUCUUGGACGAUGUCCAUCAUGAGUGUGUAAAUAUCAGAUUGACGCAAGAAUCUGUUAUUCAACCAAUCAAUCUCCGGAAGAUUGAAAUCGCCAACAAGAAUCAACUCGUUCGUCGAAAACUCUUGCAAAACAGCUUGUAAGUCCUCUAAAGGCUUAGGAUCGUUAUUGGGAGGACGAUAGAAAACUCCCAAAGUGACUUUGCGAUUGUAUGAGAAAAGAAGAUCGACGAAGAUGAACUCUGAAUCGUUCUGUGUAGUAUCACGGGGAACCGCUUUGAUGUGUUCUCGCGUAGCAAUCAAUACCCCGCCUCCAUGACGUCCAUUGAGCUUUCGGUCCCGCCUAAAUACCGAGUAGUUACUAGGAAAGAUUUCACCGUCAGGGAUGGAGCUGUCCAGAUGAGUUUCAGUUAAAACAAUUAUAUCAUAGCCCAGAGCGGCAAUGGCUAAAUCCAAUUUGCUUGAUUUGUUGACGAUGCUUCGUGCAUUAGCAUAAAAGGUUAGAAGACGAGAGGACUUUUGCUGUUCCGUAAAAUUGUGCCGCUCGGCUCCAUUUGGACCAGGAUUUGGGUUUACGUCGCCGCUCAACUGGAGAAGAAUAGUUUGGUAACUUGCAACAGAGUUAGGAUAAUAACUGAUUCUUGACGAAGAAAAACCUCUUCGAAGGAUUGGCAAAACAAUAUGUCGCCUAGUCCAGGACGCUGUGAAGAUAUUUAAGUUCAUUGAAACUACAAAAUCAUCUUGUAGAACCAAGAAGAAAUCGUCAGCUAAACGCGGGAACAUUUGAGAUUGGCCCUGAUCAGUCGUUUUUCCGCGAUAUAGAAGAAUUAAACUGAGAAUAAAACAAAGAAAACCGGAGAAUCGAAAUGAGUGACCGUCAGCCAUGACGCCUCGCCUCUCUCUAUCAACUUCUUCCAAUUACACCAACGGUGUAAUCACUUCCUCUGUAUUGUGGGUCAUAUAUAACUUCUGCGAAGACGUCCAUGUCUUGAUCUGUCCAAGUCAACUUCUUGUUUGCUUUCUCCUUUUUUUUUGUGAUUGCUUUCGAGGGCACGAUUACUUUACCGGACGCCAUCUUGAAAUAGGCAUCCCAGGAAACCUUGUAAAACUAUAGACACCAGUCUCUCUCAUAUGGAAACUUCGUCAAAAACCGUCUUCGUUUUCCGUCGAGAUAAAAAUUUAGAGACGGAUGAUCCGUCUAAGACGAGCUAUCCGUCUGUUAGCACGUCUUGAAGACGUGCCGACAGACGGAUCAGCCUGAGACGAAUUUUGCAGGCAAUCUUACGAUUCAUAAUCCAAUCUCUAACUUAAAUGGUAUAACUUUCCCCGGCCCUGACGUUGACUUUGGAUGUCAAAUUUUUUAGUCCCUCUCACUGACCUCGUAGGGUUACCCUAGCAUUCACACCACAUACUACCAAAUCAUAGAACUAUUUGCAAUUUGUCUUUUCUCUCUAUUACAGCUACAUGAGAUCUGAAUACAGCAAUAUUUUUGAAACGCAUCAGUGUCGCCCACAUGCAUAUGGGCACACUUGGAGCGCUGGGUACGAACUUGCUUCAGGAAUGCUCCACGGUCAGGCUGUGGCCACUGGGAUGGGCUUCGGUGCCUAUCUCUCUCUCUGCACCGGUUGGAUUACGCAACACGAGUUUGAUCGGAUCCUGAAACUCCUCAGUGACCUUGGAUUAUCUUUGUGGCACCCUGUCAUGGAAGAUUCUCAGGCUCUGUACCAAAUCCAGGCAAGCGUUAUUGAGAAGCGGGCGGGAAACUUAGUGGCACCAGUACCCAAAGGACUCGGGAAGUGCGGCUACAUUAACGACAUGCCUUAUGAGCUGCUUGACAAGCGCCUCGGAGAGUACCGGAAGGUCACCCAAGGAUAUCCAAGGCAGGGGGUAGGCAUUGAAGUGCACUGCAAGGAUAUUGGGCUUGAGGAUCCGGCCACUGUUGGAAACGUCAAUAGGGAACUCCCCAGUCAAGACGCUAAGGAUAAUGCAUCAGUGAACGAGUGCCAUCUCGAAGCUGUUAAGAAGUAGGGUAUCUAACGCAUUGAACUACGUGACCGUGUGUAAUAUCAGAUACCGUUUUUACCCUUCAAUAAUCGUUUUAUAGAGAAUCGAAAAAAAACAUAGAGGAGCAACUCUUUGUAACUGUGAAUUGUUCAGAAUGUGUCUUGCAUAACCUUGAUGUUACAUGCAAUAAAAACAAUAGCGAUUUCGAUAGUUUGAAAAUUAGAGAAGUGAACGAUGGCAUUUUACGAUAGGAUAAUUUUCCUGUUGCUCCAAAAGAAUUUAAACAAUUAAUUAAUUUUAGAUCCAAUUCUGGAAUCUCAAUUCGCUUUUAAAUAUCUUAGAAUUUUUUAGCCAGUAAUUGUCAAUUAUCUGUUAGAUUUAAUUUUAUACUUUAGAUGAUUAAAUUCAAAUAGCCCCAAAAUUGUCACAACCUCAAAGCAUAUCGUUUUCAAAUAAAAGAUCUGAUGAUCAAUCGAUUGAAUGAUUAACCCUUUGGGCCUUAAAAGUGAUCAGCAUCUAAUUUCUCCGUAUAAUAUCACUCCUAAAUCACACAGUAAGGUUACGAGAAUAAAGGAAAUGAUCACCAG